CAAAUACUGCUACUGAAUCAUUCUGAUAAGUGAGUUUGGAAUUAUUGACGAUAGCCUAAUUGAUGAGUAAGUUGGGAUUAUUGACGAUAAUUUGUAUAAAUGAACUAGGUACGAAACAGCCAGGUUACAAAACAGCCUGCACCCCAAUUGGCAAGACAGAAUUGUAAAAUAUUGUGGGUUAAAUCCUAUUUCGUUUCGUCCCUCUAAGAUGCCCAAGUCUGGCUAAAUCUAUUUGUUAAGGCAAGCUCAAUUUUCGCCAAGGUCGCUGAAAUGUUAAUAAGGUUAGGGCACGUGAUUGAAGGCGAGAUUGUAGGUUAGGGUAAGAAAGCAUUUGGGCUAGGUCCAGGGUUAGGGUAAGCGCUAGCCUUGUUUAAAUCUCGUGACCUUUGACCAAUGAAUGGAAUUCCCCUUCAGCCUCGAUCUGAUAUAAGACCAGGCGGUAUUUCCCAACAAUACGUGGGGAUUCCCUUGUACAACGGGUUGAUGGACUUUUACCUCGGAAGGUUGUUUAGUGAUAAACUAUAACUAUGUCACCUUUUUUUAAUAGUAGCAGGUUAGUCAUACUAAAAAACUGCAUAAUUCCAGUAACGCUAGAUCAGUUCAAGAAAUACCAUUUGAAUAAUAUUAUAAGUCGAUUGCCAAGAUGUCAGUAUAACACCGAUAUCAUCAGACCGAUCAACCAGUGCCGUGAUGUCUGCAAUCAGAACCUACAGUGCUACAGAUUAAAUAUAACAUGUAUACAUAAUUUCACUACUUCACAAAGAUGCCAAUCUAGUUAUAAACGUGAAACUAUUGAGAAAAAACUAAUUAAACACAUGGAUAUGUGGGAGAUGGAAAAGGGUGUAGCAUUACUAAAAACUUCGGUUAAAAAUGGUGUUGUGCCCCACGAGAAUAUAAUUCUAAAUUUAUUGCAACAACUUGCCAAUCUUGGAGAAUUUGAGGGUUUGUUAAGUCUGCACGAAUUCUUGAUAGAUGAAAAAUUGUGUUCUGAAACUAAAUUCUUCCAUUGUUUACAAGAGGCAUAUUAUAACAGUGGUCGUGUUGAUGAGGGUAUGUCCGUAUUACGGUUGUUAUAUCAUAGAACACGGAGAUAUCAAAGUGUAGAUACUUUAUUCACUCUACUGGCUGUUAUGGUUAUUAAACAAUUUCCACACAAAAUAAAUGUGAUAGAAGAGUUUGUGGAAGAUUGUCGUGAAAUGGAUCCAGCUGUUCUGGAACCUGGAGCAGCCUUGUGGAAAAGUUUUCUGUUGACGGAACAUUUCGAUAAAGCCAAUGAAUUAUUAGGAUCACAGGAAAAUAUUCAACAGUUUAUCCCAUUGAUGAUCAAUGAUAUUGUAUCCAAGAAAAAUAAUGUGGAUUUCAAUAAAGUUGUGGUGUUUAAAAAUAUUUUAAGUGCCGAUCUGCCAAUUAAAACAAAACUGAGGACAUUAAUCUUACAGUCAUAUAUACAAAGUUUAUGUGAAAAUGGUGAAGUUAAUGAAGUUUUUGAGGAAAUGAUGAAAGCAAAGGCAGCAUCAAUAGCUUUACACAAGUCAACUUUUUUGACGAUUUUACAAUAUCUACAAGACUGUGAUGAGUUAAAUGAUAAACAAAUUGAACAGUUAGCUAUUCUAAAAGAUUGGUAUUAUAUAGACUCAGAAUAA